AUGACGAACACAAUAAGCGGAGCUAGGGAAUGGCUAGUAGCUCAGGAAUCUUGUAGGCCACUUCACCAGGUACCGCCUUUAUGUCAACCACCCACACACUUUCCACCAGAGGUAACCCCCUGCAACUCGGACGCUGCAUGGAAGAACGACUCGCUUACAGCGGGUUUGGGAUGGGUCAUCCACUGUGACCGCGCGGGACAACAAAUUCAAGGAUCAUCAUGGUGUGAUUCAAUCUCCUCACCCCUCCUUGCAGAAGCCAUUGCGUUGAAGAUGACACUGCUAGCAGCUCAAUCUUUUUGCAUUCCUAAAGUCUGGAUCAGAGACUCCCAAGGGCUCAUCAGAGCCAUCAACUCGAAGUCCUAUCCAAUGGAGAUUUUUGGAGUUCUAAUGGAUAUCGAGUUUCUAUCUGCUUCCUUUGAUUUCAUUUGCUUCUCUUUUAUUCCGAGAGACCAGAACUCAGUAGCUGACUUUCUAGCUAAAGCAGCUCUGCGUAAUGCUUCUCAUGCAAUGUACUAG